AUGAAGGAUUUCCCUUCCUGUUUUGGCGAGAACGGUGUUCAAGUGGCCGACUCGUCAUCAUCAUCAUCGUCAUCGAGCGCCAACAAAUCUGCACCACAGAAUCUUGUUACAUGUGUGUAUCAGUAUGACUCUCGUACAUUUUCGGGGUUCAUCACAGUAACAUGGAUCAAGUACCUGAUGGGGCAAGGGCUUAGUAUUGCAGUCGAAAGCCCGGCUAACGAGUGCCUCUGCAAGGCUGAUAUGAAGCCGUGGCUUUUUUCCAAGAGAAAAGGCUUCAAAAGAUUUGUGGUGAAUUCAGCAACGGUCGACAUUUACUGGGAUUUAUCUUCUGCUAAAUUCGGUUCCAGUCCCGAGCCACUGGAGGGUUUCUACCUGGCCGUUGCCUUCGAUCAGGAACUCUGCCUGCUUCUUGGAGAUUCACAGCACAAGGCCUACAGAAAGAUCGAUUCGAAACCUCCCAUUUCAACAGCAACUUUCGUUGCCAAAAGAGAGCAUGUGUUUGGGAAGAGAUUAUACAAUUCAAGAGCACAGUUUCAUGACAAAGGGGAGUUGCAUGACCUCAGAAUUGAACAUGACCACAGCAAAAAAUUCGACAACUCCCUGGUGAUGUAUAUAGACAAGAAGAAGGUAUUGCAAGUGACGCACCUUAAGUGGAAGUUUCGAGGGAACCAAAAUAUAUCGGUGGAUGGGAUUUCCAUUGAAGUGUAUUGGGAUGUCCAUAGUUGGCUUUUUGGAACUAUCCAUGAUAAAGCAAUCUUCUUGUUCCGGACCCGUUUUCCCGGAGAAAAGCUUGCAACUCUACCUUCUCCUCACAGUUGCCCUGCCAUACUAAGAACCAAAGAUACAGAGUCACAGGCUUAUGGUUUUUCUCUGGUUUUGUGUGCAUGGAGAAAUGAGUAG